AUGGGUUCGCUCGCUAGCUUCCUCUUCGUUUAUGCCCUAGGUGGGAUCACUUUCAUUCCACUACUUUUGUCCUUGAUCCUCCUCUAUGCCUACCUAACCCUUCCAUUUGCGCCUCAACUGCCUCAAUCAUGCGAGAAAGCGCCCGACCCCGUCCGCCAACCUACCGAUGACGACUUCAGUCUCAAGUCUGGCACCGACCAGCUGGCGGAAAAGUUCCAUCGUACCCACGAGUCAGAUGUUGCUGCUGGAUACUUCGCUGUCUGUCGUGAAUAUGUUCCUGGUGGUGUGAAUGGGAAACCCCCGAGAGAACGACUCCCGCAGGAGAAGUCGUUGCGGCCGAAAGUCCUAGCGUGUACCAGACAAACACCCAGUAUCGAUCCGGCGAAGGCGAAUGGAAAGGCCACCAAGCGGGCGCGGAAUGUCUUCUACAUUGUUCUCCGACAUGGCCACUUGAUGCUUUACGAUGAUGUAAAUCAGGUCGAGGUGCGGUAUGUCAUUUCGCUUGCUCACCAUGAUGUGACUAUAUAUGGCGGAGAAGGGGAUAUCCCAGAAGGAGAGCUGUGGCUCAAAAGAAACGCCAUUUGCCUCUCACGGCGACUGGCUUCGCUUGGGGAUCUAGGAGGGCCGACUCCGCCGUUUUAUCUCUUCUCUGAAAACUUGUCUGAGAAGGAGGAUUUCUAUAUCGCCAUGCUACAGAAUCAAAACCGGCUGUGGGACUCGUCUGAUCGCCCGCCGAAGCCUCAGGAGUUUGAUACCACGCAUAUUGUCACAUUGGUUCAGCGCCUGCAUUCCUCCGAAGAGCAGUUGCAGACACGUUGGAUCAAUGCUUUCCUUGGAAGGUGGUUUCUAGCGCUGUAUCGGACACCAGAGUUGGAGGAAUUCGUGCGAAGCAAGAUCGUCAAGAAGAUCUCUCGCGUCAACAAACCCAAUUUCAUUAGCAAGAUCGGCUUACAAAGAAUUGAUAUGGGCGAAGGGGCUCCGUUUAUCACCAACCCAAGACUGAAGGACUUGACGGUGGACGGCAAUUGUUGUGUGGAGGCCGAUAUUCAAUACACUGGAAACUUCCGGGUCGAGAUAUCGGCGACUGUGCGCAUUGACUUGGGCCCUCGGUUCAAGGCCAGAGAGGUCGACAUUGUUCUUGCCGUUGUGCUGAAGAAACUUGAAGGACAUUUGUUGGUACGCUUCAAGCCCCCACCCAGCAAUCGCGUCUGGAUGUCUUUCGAAACCACGCCGAAGAUGGAAAUGGAUAUCCAACCCAUUGUCAGCUCCAAACAAAUCACAUACAGCCUCAUACUGCGUACGAUCGAGAGCAAGAUCCGCGAAGUAUUGGCAGAGAGCAUCGUUCUGCCUUUCUGGGACGACGUUCCUUUCCAUAAUACCUUCGGCCAGGAUUUCCGCGGUGGUAUCUGGCAGCGAGAAACUCCAGUAUCGAGUGCUCAGGUAGAGAUACCAGAGAUACCCGAUGAAUCCGGUGAAGCUCCUCCGACUCCGAAGAGCGUUCCUAUUGAUCCCAUUGAAGUCCUCAAGUCCAAGGAUGAUCGCACGACGAGUAUGCCUGUCCUUUCCGAGCCCGGAACGGUCAAGAAAAAGCCGCGCAAAGGCGUCAAAUCUUCACUCUCGGAUUUGCAGUCGGAUAGUUCCACUGCAAUUUCCACCGGUGUUGAGAAGUUGGACAGCAUACAACUGCCUCGAGCUAUUCGGUCACAGACCUUCACUCACGCUGCAGAUCCUGUGGUUACAGCGGACAAUGCCAAGGUUGACAAGCUUGUUCCAGAGAACAAAGGCGAAGAAAAGAGUCAUGCAACAAGCGCCAUGAUAGAGAUAUCAAGCCGGUCCCCACCUACAUCCCCGCGCCGAACUCCAAGCACCUCGCCACCCACAGGUGGCCUUAUGAUGCCAGAAAAUGCGGUGCAUAGCCGCGAGUCGUCGGUUGUAGAUUCUAUUGAUAGCGCUAGCUUUGCCCACGAAAGUCUUAUUCAAAGGCCUUCUUCUACUCGUAUGGAGAGCGGGUCCUUCUCCGGCUUGAGAAACUCUCGGGGUAGUUCCACCACGUCCGUUGUCAGCGACACCGGUCGACGACGCAGCACAAUUGAAACCAUCACCAAAACCUUUACAUCUUCCGACGAUAGGUCUUCCGGUCCCAUGAGUCUCGGGCAAGCUACUGCUGCCGCCAAGAAAUGGAGCUGGAGCGUGUUUGGUAAAGGGGACCCAAACAACGGCCAAGAGUCGUCGCGGGUUCCUCCGGCUACGCUUAACCAACCCAUUGGGCGUGGUCAUCCUCAUCCACUACCUGGAACACCCUUGCCACGCCCAGACAAAUAUGCCUUGAAGAGGAGCGCAGGAACAUUGCCCAAGCGUAAACCUGUGGCAGCACAUACAGUGCCUGAACGUUCGAAGACGGGAAAUCAACAGCCCCCGCCAUCACCUUUACCUCGCAGGAAACCAAUGGCCCCUGAAGUGCGUAUUGACCAAGGCACUGACGAACUGCUCGUGGUGGAGGCACCUCAAGAAUCUGAGCCAAAUAGCCCGGCCCCGGGGGACUUAGAAUCAGACUCUGGUCUAAUAGCCCCGAUUCCUGUUGAGAGUGAGGAAUCAUCAAAGGCUGAACAGCUUGAGGCUGAUUCCGAAGAACAAGAAGAGUUGCCUGUUAUUGAAUUGCGGCGCUCUGUUCAUCAGGUGCCCUCUCCAACCUCAAGCAGUCAUGAAGCCUUGCCAUCUACUGGAAGGGUGGAAGUACCUUCAUCAUAA